UAAACAAAUACGUAGACGCGAAGCAUUUUUUCUGAACCAAAACAUACAUAAACAUUGAAAUAUCUCGUCAUUUUCAGCAUAUUUAAGGGUGCCAAGGGCCAUCGGACAUGUGCAUUCGCCCAUGCGAGUCUGUUCCUACGCCGGACAGCAGUGAGAUCCAGACCACGGUGAAGGCGCCGAGCAUGCGAGUUGGCUUCUUGUAGGCGGUUACGGACAGUCUGAGGUUGUACAAGAGUGGGAUUAUUUAAUGAAGGAGCAGCUCAUUGCCAAAACAGGACAUUCUUUGGUGCUCUGGGCCCGAAGAUACAGUUAGAGCCAACAUGUCUCGGAAACAAACAGUAAAACCUGUGAGGAGCAAUAAAAAGGGUGAACUGGAGCGCAAGAGGGAUGAGCGAGCAGUGCGCCGCGCCAUUGCAAAAGACCGGAAGAACCGCCCUCAGGAUAACGAUGAAGGGGCAGAGUUCGUCAGUUUCUCCAAUCAGCUCCAGGCGCUUGGGCUCAAGCUGAGAGAAGUCCCAGGAGACGGGAACUGCCUGUUCAGAGCCCUCGGCGACCAGUUAGAGGGGCAUUCACGGGGUCAUCUGCGGCUUCGCCAGGAGACCGUCCAGUACAUGAUGUCCCAUCGACAAGACUUUGAGCCUUUUGUUGAAGAUGAUGUACCUUUUCCACAGCACUUGUCCAACCUCGCCCAGCCUGGUACCUUUGCUGGCAAUGACGCUAUCGUAGCUUUUGCUCGCAGUCAGCAAGUGAAAGUGGUCAUUCAUCAGCUAAACGCCCCGCUUUGGGAGAUAAACGGUGCCGAGAAGCAGGUGUGUAGAGAGUUACACAUCGCCUACCGAUAUGGAGAUCACUAUGAUAGUGUGAGACGGAUCGGAGACAACUCUGAGAGUCCUGCUCAGCUUUGCAUUGAGGCCUUACAGAAUUCACACGCCCAGCAGCGCGAGUUUGGGGACAGUCAGAGGGACAGACAGAAAAAGCCCUCGCCAACAGAGUGCGAAACUGAGAACGUGAUCCUAAGCUCCAUCAAGAAUCGAGGAAUCCAGGGUGAUGAGGAGAACCUGCUUCAGCUAAGCGCAGCAACAAUAAAUGCUGAAUGGCUUGCUGGAUCUCUGCUUGGCCAGCCAUGCCAGGGCAAAUGCACAUCAGGGUCCUGUACAGCCUGCAAAGAUGCAGCCACAGACUGCACUGAGCAUAACAGGCCAGGAGAGGGCAGCAAUGUUCAAAAACCCAAGCUUUCAAACAAGCAAAGAAAAGAGCAGCAGCGGCAGGAGAAGAAGAAGCGGCAAGAGGAGAGACAUCGACAGAAGUUUCUUCAGAGUAAAGGAGACCAGAACCAGAACCUGCCAGAGGCUGUAACUUUAGUACCAGCUCUCAACACUCUCAGUAUAUAGACUGGGGCAUGGUCCAAAUAUCCACACUGCUAUUUUUGCACCCAGUGACUGUACAGUUUUGCACACAGUUGAAAUCAGUGAUUCUAUCUCAGAGAAUGUUUGUUGUUUCUUUCUGAAAGAGAACUCUAUAGUUUCUUUGUAAACAGUAUAAUGGUGCCUGCAAACCUGUGUGAGUGAGACGUGUGAAAGUUGGCAGAGAAAAAGUUACAGGACAUGAGUAAUAGUGUUUCCGCUGGAAUCGUAUUAGGUUAGGUCCUGGUUUGUGUUAUGUAGAACCUGCUCAGAUCUGAUCUUCCUCAUACUCUGCCUCUUUCCUUUCUAUGCUGGUACAUCUGGUUCCCAGUGAAACCCAAGCAGAUAAUCUGUUUUCAUUUACUUUAAAUUGAGUUGACAUUCAUUCAGGCCAUUCUGUGUGUGUUUAAAGAGGGGAGAAUGCUCACUAUGUAAGAAUGUGGCAAUACUUAAUAAAUGAUGAAUUUACUGAU